AUGGUUGACAACAUUGUCCACAUUGAGCACGAUCGUGUUACCAACACCGUGUCAACUGAUUACCCUGGUUACCACAACUCUGAUGAAGACUUCUCGUGGAAUCUCGAGAAGUUCAAAAAUAGCUUUGACAUCAAGAUCUCCUAUGUCACUGAGAGGGCUGCAAACUUUGAUUUGAUCCAUAUCGACACCUCUAUAGCAAAUGCGUUCCGUCGUAUCAUGAUCUCCGAAGUUCCUUCUGUUGCUGCUGAACAGGUUUACAUCUUCAAUAACACAUCUGUUAUCCAAGAUGAGGUAUUGGCACACAGAAUAGGUUUAAUCCCAUUGAAAGUUGAUCCGGAUAACCUUAACUGGGUUGAUCAAACUGUCGAUGAGGAGAACAGAUUCACUGAUACAAACACCGUUGUCAUGUCUCUUGACAUUUCAUGUACAAGAAACCCACAUGCUCCAAAAAACACCACCGACCCAAAGGAACUCUACAGAAACUCCAACGUCUAUGCCCGUGAUUUGAAAUUUGAACCUCAAGGUUCACAAUUGGAGACUUUCAAAUCACCAGUGGUGCCUGCGGAUCCAGACAUCCUCCUUGCAAAGCUUAGACCUGGUCAAGAGAUCUCUUUAAAGAUCCACUGCGUCUUGGGUAUCGGUGCUGACCAUGCCAAAUUCUCUCCUGUUGCCACAGCUUCCUAUAGAUUACUUCCAACAAUUGACAUCACACAACCUAUUUCUGGUGAAGAUGCAAAGAAAUUCCAAAAAUGCUUCUCCACGGGUGUUAUUGGUAUAGAUGAGAAAGGUGAAGCAUACGUGAAGGAUGCAAGAAGAGAUACAGUUUCAAGAGAAGUCUUACGCCAUGAUGAGUUCAAAGGAAAAGUGAAGCUGGGAAGAAAGAGAGAUCACUUCAUCUUCAACGUUGAAUCUACAGGUGCAAUGUCACCAGAGGAGAUCUUCUUCAAGAGCGUCAGAAUCCUCAGAAACAAGUGUGAAUACCUUCGUAACUGUCCUAUUGGCCAAGCAUGA